GGGCGGGGCCCCUCGGCGCGGUGGCGGCGCGGCGCGUGCGCGCCCGGAUCGGUGGUUGAGUGCGGAGGGAGCGGGGCUGGCGCGCGAGGGGCGCCGAGCAGGGUCCGCUCCCGGCGGGCGGCGGGUCCCCCGCGCACGGAGCUGGGGGCGGCGCAGAGCGAUCGCCGGGACCCGAGAGGCCCCAGCGAGGACGACGCUGGUCUUCCCGGUCCCGUGGGCCAUGCAGGGCUCCGGGGCGCUGCUGCUGCUGUGGCUUCCUCUAGUGGCUGCGAGUCCCCUGCAUGUAUUCCGGCCUGGCCGUGGCGUUUGUAUUCUGGGGGCACCCCGGGAGCCCGGGCUCGAGUCGUUUGUGCAGCGGGUGUACCAGCCCUUCCUGACCACUUGUGCCAGGCACCGCUCCUGCAGCACCUACAGGACUGUCUACAGAACCGCCUACCGCCAUAGCCGCCCGGCGCCUGCUGGGUCUCACCUCACCUGCUGCCCUGGCCAGCCGCACGCCAGCAGGUUCCCGGGCACAUGUGGCCCAGCCUGCCAGCCGCCGUGCCAGAACGGGGGGACCUGCGUGAGGCCUGGACGGUGCCUCUGCCCUGUGGGGUGGCAGGGUGCUUUCUGCCAGACUGACGUGGAUGAGUGUCGAGCCGCGGACAGCGGCUGUCCCCAGCGCUGUGUCAACACCCCGGGCAGUUUCUGGUGCCAGGUUCAGGAGGGGCAGUGCCCAUCGGCCAGUGGGGUGCUCUGUCCGCCCGAGAGAGGGCCCCCGGGGGCGACCUCAAGCCCCUUUCCAGGGACCCGCAGCGAGGUGGAGGAAGAGGUGCGGGCACUGCGCUCCCGGGUGGGCGCGCUCGAGCAGAAGCUGCGGUCGGUGCUGGCCCCGCUGCGCGGCUCCCCGGACCCCGGCCGCCUGCUGGCACACUCCCUGCGGCAGCUUCAGCGCAUUGACUCACUCAGCGACCAGGUGGCCUUCCUGGAGGAGCAGCUCGGUUCCUGCAGGAAGGACGCCUGAGGGCCCAGGAGGGGCCACCCCGGGAGCGCCCACCCGACCCUGGGAAUAAAAGCCGAGAGCUCGGAGCAGUGUGUCUGUGGCUGACUGAAAGGAGUCCGGGGCGGCCCUGCGGGAGGGGCCCUGACUCAGCGCAGCAGGGGGACCGCCCAGCCCCUUCCUGGACCCACGCAGGCCCCAGUGACUGCGGCUCAGCCUUCUGUGUGUGUGUGUGUCGGUCCGUUUAUAAAAACAAGGGCACCGCGUUCUCGGCCCUGCGAGGCUGCGGAGGCCCAGUGCUCGGCGCCUCUCCCGAGAGCUGCCACUGGGCAAGGCGGGUGGCGGCGUCCAGC